AUGUCUUCCACCGUCGAGCUUACCUACCAAGAUGUUGCUGAGCACAACACCAAGAAGGACAUCUAUGUCGUGGUUCACGACAAGAUCUACGACUGCACGCAGUUCGUCGACGAGCACCCUGGUGGUGAGGAAGUCUUGCUCGACUGCGCAGGUCAAGAUGCUACCGAGGCUUUCGAGGACGUCGGCCACAGCGACGAGGCCCGCGAGACUCUCGACAAGUUGCUAGUCGGUGUCCUGAAGCGACAGCCCGGCGACCCUACCCCCAAGACCGCUCCUCCUACCUCCUCCGGUACCACCUCAGGCAACAGCGACAGCACUGGCGUCGGCGUCGGUGUCUACUUCAUCAUCCUCAUCGGUGGUGCCCUGGGAUACUUCGCUUUCCAGUACAUGGCCAAGCAGCAGCAGGCUCAACAAGCUGGUGCCGCAUAA